AUGGCCAUACCUAUGUUUGAAGACAUUAAGAAAAGCCUUACCAGUGAUGGUUUGGAAUUGACGGUCGUGAGUAACUUACAGACAAUUGUCUUUUUUGGUCGUACUAAAAAAGAAGACAUGGAUGAGUAUCCUAUCAUGACUAUUGAGGAAAUGCUGAAAGCAACUGAGGUUGGACCGUGUCGCACUCUUUGUACGGUUAAAGAAAAUGAUACCGACUAUUCUUGUUUUGCUGAAGAAAUCGUUGGGACGGCUGCAACUGACAUUAUACCUAAAGGAUCAUUUGAUUUGUUUGAAGAUCCCACAGAUUUGCUAGAUCCGAUCAAAGCUUUAGUUGGGAAAUCAUUUGUUUUCCUUCUUUGCAUCGAGCCCAAACAUAUUCAUGGUAAAUGUGACAUUUUUAGGGUUGCCCAAGUUUCUGAUGGGAAAAUUUCAUCAGUCCCUGAAAUUUCCUUAUCAGAUACAUAUGUUGAUCAAUCAUCAUUUUACUCGGCUGAUCAGGGUUCUCUGAUGAUAAGCAAUGGUGUUGAGACCUCUGAAGUUGGUAUCUCUACUUCCUCAACUCCAUCAUCAAAAAGAGAUUCGAGUAACCUGAAAGAAGGAGAUGUCCAAUCAUCAACAUCCAAAAAGCAAUGUUCGAAGAUGGGUGAAGUAGAUGAUGUCAAGGUUGCUACAAAGGAAGAGAAGGAAAAACAUAAACUUGACUAA